AAUAAGGAUUCAAAAGAGAUCUCCCACUUCUACAUUGGAGGGGAUGGAGAAAAGGCAGCCAACAAAGAAGGCGUGUCUGUGACCGUGACGAACGUCCUGCUGUACAACCGCCCGUUGGAUGGCAAUGAGAUUAAUGCGCUUAACCCGAAUAAAGCUUCUACUCCAAUUCUAGAAGAACAGCAAACGGCGGUGUUGGAUACCCGUUUAACACCAGCAAGUGGAUCAGUUGCGCAGCAAACCGUGUCCUUGCCUACUCCUGCCGGACCACUGCGGACGGAACAAGAAUCGUCGAUGAUGAGCAGUGGUGUGGGCGGUGUCGGCGUAUCCAAUUCAGGAGAGACCACUGUGACGAAUCCCCUACCUGGGUUGGACAGCGUGCAGCAGUUGGCGUCAGUAAAAUCUUCCGAUGGAACUCAAAGUGUGAAUGCCGCUUCCUCAUCUGUUGGUGACAAAAGAGUGGGAAGAGGAGCUGGAGAUGAAACGCAGAACGAUGAAACACACCAACCUUCUAUGGGUACUCCCGCCACAGCAGAUGCAAACGCUCCAACCGCUAAGGGCGUUGGGCACGAUGGACCCGCAGUGGAUCAAGAGAUGAACGCGAGCAUCCGUGAGGAUGAGGAGGCCGCAGGAGGAAUUAAUGGGCAGGAGGAUAACCAUGCACAGCACGGCGAAGUAAAGGCUGCGGCACUCAGCAGCAGCCUCGGAAAUGUGUCGCAGGGGAAUAACACCGAUGCCGGCACUGUGCGUGGGAGCGGACUGCUGCCGCUGCUUCUUCUUCUGUUGGGGUUGUGGGUGUUUGCGGCUCUGUGA